CCCCCCCUCCCGUCCUUCGCCCACCCACCCCGGCCCCUUUCAGACAGCCUCGACCACCCGCUUUACGCAAUGGCCGGGCUUGUCCUCCCCUCCUCGCCGAGGGCGGCGGUCCUGCUCGGGCUGAUGGCGCUCUUUGCCAUCUGCUCGAUGCUUCCGCUGUCCUUCGCCGCGGCCGCCGAUAGCGAGCCGUGCACUUUGGAGGAUAUUGCCACCAGCUAUACCCCCUGUAUGGCGAACAAGCGCUCCGCCUACUACUACUGGCGUCGCUCUUGUGACACAGACACCUCCGAUGUCAAGCUCCCCCAAACCAAGGACAACCUUCCGUGCGAUCUGGUCUGUGAGCCUGGCACCUUCCUGCCAUUUGCGUCGCUCGAGUGCUCUCAAUGCCAGCCUGGCUUCUACAGUCUCGGCGGGUCGGAGAUGUUCGGCGGUGGCAUUGACCCGAGCACCGGCGAGGGCGGCUGGCAGCCUCUGCCCCCGCAGUUUGUCUCGGAGUGCUCCUCCACCACCGGGUCCACCAGCGCGUGGAACUUCCAAGCCAUGGCCUCCCCGAAGUCCAUGGACGCAUCUGUCGAGGCCUCGUGCAACAGCUGGGCAUCCAACUCGAAUGGCACCAGUCUGGCCUCCGGUGACAACCGCGCUGCCCAUAAUUUCUCUGCCAACCUCCACCUGAACGUCGUGUUUGUUCGUGAGACCGGCAACCUUAUCCGCUUCACCUACAAGGUGGAUGCCGAGCGUGGCUAUGAUGGGCUCAUCUUCUACAUCGACAACAAGGCGGUCCUCCCGUUGACCUCCUACGCCCCUUGGACCACUGUGGAGUUCCCGGUUACCUCGGGACACCAUGCUUUCCGGUGGUCUUACGUCAAGGACAGCUCGGUUACCUUUGGCCAGGACAUGGCACUGAUUGAUUCGAUUGUGGCCGUCGGUGCUUCCUUCGCGUCGGAUCACUGCUCGUCUUGCCCGCCAGGCUCGGCAACCGCCGAGCAUGGUAGCACCGCCUGCAACAAUUGCGACUAUAACGCCUUUUCGCCGGCCCCCGGCGGUGCCACCCAGUGCCAGGCCUGCCCUGAGCAUACAUACUCCUUCCGUGGCGCGGCCGAGUGCAACAGCCAUGUUGCCUGCAAGUCCACCGACUUCUAUCCCAACUUUGGUGCCUGCUCCGCUUCUACCCUCACCCGCCCGGUGACCUUCUCCCUUGCGGAAAUUGUGCAGAACCACAUCCCUGUGUGUGAUAUCACGCUGCCCGGCAGCGCGCAGGUCCCGGAGCCCACUGAGGAUGAGUGCACGUGUGAGCAGGGGCAGUUCUUGAACACGGCCACGGCCACCUGCGAGUCGUGCCCUGUCGGAUCGGCUCUCGUUGCCGACCCGGCUCCUGGGGCUCCUGCGUGUGAGAUCUGCCCGGCUGGCACGGCCGCCGUCCGCGUGGAGUCUGUGACCGAGUGGUCUGCCCUUCCGGCCGGGUUCUCCACCUACUGCGAUGGUGGGUGUGAUCAGUCUGGCUGGAUCCUGCGUGGCAACCGAAUUGUUUCCGGCUACGGCCAGGGCGACGCCAUGGAUUCGGUGCUGCAGUUCACCCGUGUCUUCCUCCAGCCUGGCACUUUUGAGAUUGAGUAUGAUCUCUUCUGCAGUGCGGUCGGCAACCGGGUUUGCAUCAUGUACCUGAACAUGGACAACCUGGAUGAUGACAUUGCCGACCCUGAGACCUAUGCCCUGAACAGGACCAACGGCUCGCGCGUCACGCGCACCUUCACCAUCAUGACCCCCGGGACGUAUACCUUCUCCGUUGUCUUCCACCUGGGUGCGGUGGCACAUGUGCGCAACAAUGUGGCCCGCAUUUACCGGAUGGCCUUCAAGGGUGUGGAUGCCGGCUCGGCUCCGGUCUGUGAGCCGUGCAUGCUGGGCUUUGGCUCGGAGCCCGGGUCUCAGCAGUGUUCCCCCUGCCCGGUUGGCACCUACGCCCCGACCAUCGGGUCCGGCUGCAAGCCGGUGCCGGAGGGCUUCUUCACCGAUGUCCCUGGGGCUUCGACUCCGAUUGCCUGUGGCUCGGGCACCACUUCCAAGCCGGAUGGCACCGGCUGCCUGACGGACUGCCUAUAUCAUGCCAUGGCACAGUUUGAGCCGCUUCCUGGCAAGCCGGAGGGCGAUGCCCCCUCGUCGGAGGCCGGCACCCCCCGGACUUGGGAUCUCAAUCCCCUGUACAAUCCGGAGCUGAUGUACUUCGCCGGAACCGACUCGAUCGGGCACCAGUACUUCCUGAAUGUCUGUGGCACCAAGCACUCCAGUGUGGUCUGCUAUGAUGCGUCGGGCAUUCCGAUUCCCACUUUCGCUUGCCAGCAUGUCUUCGACGGCAAGUACUCCGUGGACCUGGGCCGGGUGAUUGGCUUCCAGCCAUUGGACCCGGCCAUGGUGGAUCUGGCCCGGCGUACUCGGCCCAAUGAGCCGUGGCCCGCCAAUCCCCUGGGGCUGACGCUGAUCUUCACGGAGGGCACGCUCGGGUGCGCGGCGUCGCAUGGCGGUCGCGCCAUCCCCCGGCGCACUGAUGUGACCAUGGUCUGCGAUCCGGAUGCCGGUAUCGGCAUGCCGGUGCCGAUUGCUGGCGGCGAUACGGCCGAGCUGGAGCCCCGUAGCUGCCGGUACAGCUUCGUCUGGCGGUCGACCCACGCCUGCCCGGUGUGUGUGGAUGAGGAUUUCGAGCUGGUGCGCGGCGAGUGUGUCGAUGGGAUUCGCAACAUUUCCGCCAAGCGGGUGCGCCCGUGCGCCGGGGCGGUGUCCAUUCCGCCGAUUCUGGAGCCGUGCUUCCUUUGCCCGGUCGACGGGGAGGGCCGCAUGUGCGGUGGCCAUGGUGUGUGCGACGAGCAGACCGGCACGUGUGCCUGUGCCGCCAACUGGAGCGGCGAGACGUGCGAGAGCUGUGAUGCCGGUGUCUUCGGCCCGGAGUGUUCGCAGUUCUGCCCGGGUGGUGUGGACAAUGUGUGCAGUGGCCAUGGGUCCUGCUCCAGUGGUCGCACGGGCACCGGGAUUUGCUCCUGCUCGGUCGGUUGGACCGGGGACCAGUGUAACUCCUGUGCCGAGGGCUUCGAGGGGGAUACCUGCGAGCCUAUCCCGGCCACCAUUCGUGAUGUGGUUCCCUGGUGGGCCUUCCUGGUGGGCUUCCUUGGUCUGAUGCUCCUGGCCCUGCUGCUGGGUCUGGUGUGGUACCAGAAGCGUCGUGCCGAGCACAAGUACUCCCUGCUGCUGGGUAGCCAGCCGCUUGAGAUGGAUGUCGGUUUUGCCGGGUCCAAGGAUGGUCACCUGGCCCUGGGCGAGGAGUUCCAUCUGCCGGAGGAUGACGAUGAAGACAUCCUCGGCGUCGGUGCUGGUAUCUAGAAGGAUUUAGGCAUGUACACGAGGGGGAGGGGAGAAAGAUAAAGAAAGACCCCAUCCUUUUCGGUGGUGCGCCUCUCCCCCCCC